UUUUCAUGAAACAUCAACACUUUUAUAAAUCAUUAAUUAUAUAAUCAUUACAAUUAUUCAAUAAAUUAAUUGGAUCCUUAAAUUAGUUUUCUUUGUGAAAUAAUGGCAUUCAAAUUAAUAGCCAUAUUGUUGUUGGAAAUAAUUACUUUUGCAACAUUUGUCUGGGGAGAAAAUGGUCUUGUUGUAAUUAAAAGCAUCCAGAGUGAAGAUGGAGAUGUCAUUGACUGCAUUGAUAUUUUCAAGCAACCAACUUUAUCUCAUCCUGCCUUGAAAAAUCACAAAAUUCAGAUGACAAAUGAUCAAGAAAAAUCAUAUAAAUGUGUGACAACACAAAUAUGGCAUAAAAAUGGAAGUUGUCCAAAAGGGACAAUUCCAAUUAGAAGAACACAAAAUAUUAAAAAGGAUCAAAUAAAGAAGCCUAAUUUAUUUCAUCUUGAUAAAGGAUUGAAGAUCAAAAAGGAUAUCAACCUUACACAAAAAAAUCACUCAUUGGCUAUAUUGAUUACAGAAGGAUAUAGAUAUGUUGGAGGAAAAACAGAUAUGAUAACUAGAAAUCCUCAUGAUGAAGAAGAUGAUGAAUAUAGCACUUCUAGACUUACUCUCAAGAGUGGAUCUUACUAUAAUGAUCAAGACAUUGAAUCUGGAUGGAUGGUAAAUCCAAGGGUUUAUGGUGAUAGGCAAACAAGACUUUUCACUUAUUGGACUAAUGAUGGCUCAAGAGAAACAGGAUGCUUUGAUUUAACUUGUCCUGGUUUUGUACAAAUUAGCCAUGAGAUUGCACUUGGUGCUGCUAUAUAUCCAAUAUCAACUCAAUAUGGUCUUUCAUAUUCAAUUACUAUUUAUAUCUACAAGGAUUUGAAUACUAGCAACUGGUGGUUACAAUAUGGAGGAUCCAUCAACAUAGGAUAUUGGCCAUCAAAAAUCUUUGAAGGUGGAUUAGAAGUCCAUGCAGAAACAGUUCAAUGGGGUGGUGAAGUUUAUAGUAAAAAUGUAGGAAAACAUCCUCAUACAAAAACUCAAAUGGGAAGUGGAGCUUUUCCAUUUUAUAUAUUUGCAAAUACUGGAUUAAUGAAGUAUAUGAGAAUUCUUGAUAAUUCAAUGGAGUUGAGAUUUCCACAAAAUGUUGUUGCUUAUUCAGAAGAAUAUGAUUGUUAUAGAUCUCAAUAUGUAGGUGAUUAUGUUGAAGAACCUGAAUUUCACUUUGGAGGGCCAGGAAGAAAUCCAUUAUGUCCUUGAAAUUAUUUGAUUUUGUUGAGUUAAGGGUAUUAUAGUAAUUGUCUCUCUACAUACUUUCACGAGGGGUGAUAAAGUUUAUGUAUACGCACUUCAUUC